CAACAACAACAACAACAACAACAACAACAACAACAACAACAACAACAACAACAACAACAACAACAACAACAACAACAACAACAACAACAACAACAACAACAACAACAACAACAACAACAACAACAACAACAACAACAACAACAACAACAACAACAACAACAACAACAACAACAACAACAACAACAACAACAACAACAACAACAACAACAACAACAACAACAACAACAACAACAACAACAACAACAACAACAACAACAACAACAACAACAACAACAACAACAACAACAACAACAACAACAACAACAACAACAACAACAACAACAACAACAACAACAACAACAACAACAACAACAACAACAACAACAACAACAACAACAACAACAACAACAACAACAACAACAACAACAACAACAACAACAACAACAACAACAACAACAACAACAACAACAACAACAACAACAACAACAACAACAACAACAACAACAACAACAACAACAACAACAACAACAACAACAACAACAACAACAACAACAACAACAACAACAACAACAACAACAACAACAACAACAACAACAACAACAACAACAACAACAACAACAACAACAACAACAACAACAACAACAACAACAACAACAACAACAACAACAACAACAACAACAACAACAACAACAACAACAACAACAACAACAACAACAACAACAACAACAACAACAACAACAACAACAACAACAACAACAACAACAACAACAACAACAACAACAACAACAACAACAACAACAACAACAACAACAACAACAACAACAACAACAACAACAACAACAACAACAACAACAACAACAACAACAACAACAACAACAACAACAACAACAACAACAACAACAACAACAACAACAACAACAACAACAACAACAACAACAACAACAACAACAACAACAACAACAACAACAACAACAACAACAACAACAACAACAACAACAACAACAACAACAACAACAACAACAACAACAACAACAACAACAACAACAACAACAACAACAACAACAACAACAACAACAACAACAACAACAACAACAACAACAACAACAACAACAACAACAACAACAACAACAACAACAACAACAACAACAACAACAACAACAACAACAACAACAACAACAACAACAACAACAACAACAACAACAACAACAACAACAACAACAACAACAACAACAACAACAACAACAACAACAACAACAACAACAACAACAACAA